AUGUCGCUGGUUGCGAUCACGACGAGCACUCUUAUCGCUGCUACAUCUCCGCCUUCCCCGUCAUCUUCCUCGCAAUCGCACAUGCUAUAUUAUCAUGAGGCGUCCUCGCCAGGACAGGACCAAGGCGGAGAUGAAAAUGGUGAAUGUAAGCUGCUUGGGUCAUUUUCUCUCCUCGUUCAGGCUGCUUUAGGGGCUCUGGCGCUAUUGUCUCUGGUCUACAAGCGAUGGAGAGAACGGCCACAACGGCAGGUGAAGGUAUGGGCGUUUGAUGUUUCGAAGCAGGUCUUCGGUUCAACCAUGCUUCACAUGGCGAAUCUCCUCAUAUCCAUGUUCUCGGCCGGUCAGCUCGAUAUUCAGAGCACCUACCGACCAAACCCUUGUUCAUUCUACCUGCUGAAUCUGGGUAUUGACACUACCCUCGGUAUUCCGAUUCUUAUCCUCAAUCUACGCAUCUUGAAUUUUCUUGCAUCUUACACCCCUCUCGCAAACCCUCCAGAGUCGAUUGAAUCCGGAAACUAUGGUCAUCCACCGCGCGCUACAUGGUGGCUCAAGCAAUCCAUCAUCUACUUCAUGGGGCUGUUCAGCAUGAAGAUAUGCGUCUUCUUCCUCAUCCAACUUCUGCCCUUUAUCAUCAAAGUCGGCGACUGGGCUUUGCGAUGGACUGAGGGCAAUACCGCCUUGCAGAUUGCUUUCGUCAUGCUUCUAUUCCCACUUAUUAUGAACGCUCUCCAAUAUUAUAUCAUCGAUUCUUUUAUCAAGAAGCAGCUUUCUUUCGACCUUUACACUGAGAGCGACUCUGUUGACAAUCCCGAUGACCUUCACCGGCGGGAAGCGCUUCUCGCUGGUCUGGACGAGGCUUACUCCACGGACUCGGGUGAUGAAGAAUCAGCACAUGGGAAAGAUACACCAUCACAUGCAAAGGCUGUUGCAAACGCUCUCCAUGGAUCUGAAGGGCAGCUCACUGAGGACCAUUCUCCGGUUCCACCCUAUGAACCUUUUUCCUCCGGCAGCAGUCGCAGCGAACAAGGUGGGAAACCAAAUGCCGAUACGUGA